CGUCAAGGCCGAGCCCCCCGACGGCGACCCCGGCGCCUACGGCCGCGCCGGCCCAAUGCUGGGCGCUCCCGAAUCGCCACCGCUCAGUCCCGCCGGGAUCCCCUUCGUGCCGCCCUUCGCCGCGCCCGGUUUCCCCGCGCCCCCCGCGCACCCCGGGCUGCGCUUCCCGCCCGCGCCUGCCGGCUUCGCGCGCUUCGAGGACGCGGCCGCUGCGCUGCGCCUGGGCCCCGCGCCCCGCGCCCCACUCACGCCGCCCGCAUCGCCGCUCGAGCUGCUGGACGCCAAGCCCAAGCGCGGCCGCCGGGCCUGGCCCCGCAAGCGCAGCGCCACGCACACCUGCAGCUACGCGGGCUGCGGCAAGACCUACACCAAGAGUUCGCACCUGAAGGCACACCUGCGCACACACACAGGCGAGAAGCCCUACCACUGCAACUGGGACGGCUGCGGCUGGAAGUUCGCGCGCUCGGACGAGCUUACGCGCCACUACCGCAAGCACACGGGCCACCGGCCUUUCCAGUGCCACCUGUGUGACCGCGCCUUCUCGCGCUCCGACCACCUGGCUCUGCACAUGAAGCGGCACCUGUAGCCCCGGGCCGGGGCUCAUGCACCCGGGCGCGGCGGUGGCAGGUCCCACGCUUCUGCCCUCCCAAGCUGACUGGUAUUUAUUAGACCCCAAGGACCAAGCUGGCUGUGUGGCCUCGGAGGGGUCGCCCUCUUCCCCGCUGACGACGGCGCUCCGCUGGGCCAGCCUCAUCUGUGACUGGAGCCCCUCAGGGGCGGACGCGACCCUCUUGACGAGUUUUGUUUUCAAAAUGGUGCAAUAAUUCCGUGUCGCUUCCUGGGACGGGUCUACACUAGAGGACUGGGGACAGCGGCCCCUGUUUGUACUGUCUGAAACGUUUUAUAAUAUUGUACAUAGUGACUGUGACAUAGUAUUGUAUUACUGUAAAUACUGAGACGUGGGCGUUAUGAACGCCCUGCUUUUUUUUUUUUUUUUUUUAAUAAGAC